GACGAAAGUCUGCCUCCAGCGGACGCUCCAGUGGUGCUGAGCGGUGUCAUGGAUUCCACCUCGCCACCAGCCCCCCUGGAAAUGUUGAAGUAUCCGCAAGUCGGGUCUGCCUUCGAGUGCCGUGUCGAGACACCAGCCAGCACUUCCAAUCCCUCUGCCACCAACAAGAGUCUCACCCUGGUGAUUCGGCGACCACUCAAGGAGGGGGCAGACGGCUGCGUGUACGACGUGGAAGCAAAGGGGAGGCCCGAGAGGUUUGUCAGCAAAUCGGCACACGAAGCCGCCUAUGACGACGAAAUCGCCAAGGAGCACCAAGUCGUGUCGGCGGUGUAUGACAAGUGCCAGCGGGAGGGGAGGCUGUCAUGCGUGCCGACGCCUAUCGGCUGCCCGGAAGUCGACACAGCCACGGGCAAGAGAAAUGUCCUGGUGCUGGCCAAGCUCCAAUGCACACUCGCCGACCUCAUGGACGAGUACAAGAGACUCGCCGGCAACGCCCUGCUGCCCACUGUGGCAGUCCUGGAGAUCCUCGCCUCAUCCGUGAGUGCAUGUGGGGGGAUGUGUGCGUGCAUCUAUUCGAUCAUUGUGUGGUGUGCUCAUAUGCGCUGCACAUACAUGCAGAUUGAAGCCCUCGAGAGUUGCCACUCUGCCAAGGUCAUUCACCGAGACAUCAACCUGACGAACGUCAUGUUUCCGGGACGGUGGGGAGGGCGGCUGCGGGCCAUGUUAAUCGACAUGACGAGAUCGCUGCUGUUCCACGUCGAUGACGACCAGAAGCGGGCGAAGUGGGUCGGCCGUGGGAAAAGCAUGGUCAGCACAUUUGCUUACGCGAGCAAAUGGAGCCUCCGCGGCUAUCAGCAGGGCCCACGGUGAGCAAAACAAGAAAGUGACACACAUGAGCCAUGCACCAACAGCACCGUUUAUCGAAUGUCUCAUCUAUCUCUCAUCAUUCAGGGACGAUAUCAUGGCGGUCGUCAGGUGCCUGUUGAGUUGUCUGCACCCCACUCUGACACUCGCGAGAGUGUCAUCGAGCGCGGACGAGCUCACCGGCGCAUACGAAGCCCACUGCGACACGGAUUGUGACCAUCCGGAGGUGAUUCAGGCGGCAGAGAAGCUCAUCGCGUCCCGUGCGACCACCGACGAGCGGUGGAUCUCCUUCAUCGUCAGUCCGCUGCCAAGUGAGUCUGCUGCACGCCGCUUUGCCAGCAGAAGAAAAGAGUGCAGUGAUUGCAUUCUUUGUUCCUGCUGUGUGUGGUUGUGUGUCUGUUGUCUGUGAUCAUUUCUCUCUGCAGCGAGCAUACGGGCAAAUGUGCGUGAUAGUCUGCUCCGUCUGGUCAGCAAGGUGGAGGACUUCCCGUUUGGCCGGCUGGAUGGCGGCGUGUACCAAGAGCUCAAGAGAGACAUCGCAAGCAUCGAGUCUACGUAGGCAACCAGGAGGCAGGGACAGAGAAUCAGGCACACACACUUGCACUCAUAGACUAUACCUCUGUCUGUAUGUGCCCGUCUUCAGCAUUGCGUCGUGCUCCGAGGACACAUACCACAAGGAGUCUCUCGAGACGGCGUUCAAGAGAGCGGUGCGCACAGACUAG